AUGAAGUACGGCAUCGAAGGAGAGACCCCUCAAUUGACGCCGCGGUCCGAGGUCUCCUCAACCAAAGAAGAAGAGACCGGGACCGCGCCCCACAACGCGGAAGCGUUUGUGCAAGAUGCAAGGGCCGCCAUCGCCACCGUUGAGCAAGCGGCGAUGGCGACAAUGGCCCCGGCAGCUAUUAGGAUGGCGGAGGCGGCGGCGAGGAUGGAAGUGGCAGUGACAAGAGUGGAGGAGGUAGCAGCCAGGGCGGAGGCAACAGAAGUAGGGGGUCUCUCCCCGACGUCCUCUCAGGCCUCCUCUCAAUGUGGAACUCUCUCACACAGGGUAGUGCCUUCACCGGCGUUCGGAGGUGGAGUGGGAGACGGGCGAGGGGGCCCUGAGGGGCUGAGGGAGUGGAUGCGAGAAGCGUACGCCAAGGGAAAUCCAGAGAAUGUGGCACGGGUUGACUUCUUGCUCGACGAAUUCAGGACCAACGAGGACGUGCUGAUCGGUAACAUCCUCAAGAAGUACGGACACUUGGGGAUUGGCCUUCCCGCCCGAUGGUCGCGUGCUCAGAUGGGCUUCGGGAAGCGGCCUAAGCCCAGGACCCCUGUGUUGGGCUUCAGCAGCGCCGAACUGACAGGCUUUGUACCCAAACGAGCGGUUUCUACCGCGGCAUCCAUGGCCGAAACAGAAAGAGAGGCUCAGGCGCUGUGUAGAGAUCAAGCCGGAGCUGGAACUGGAGCUACGACUGCUUCACGCCCUGCCGAAAUUGUUCCCGGCGGGUGGUCAUUUGCCCGCCCCAUGAGUCAACCAGCAACGAACAAACCAGCCGCCGCCGCUGCGUUCACCUUCGGAGUGAACCCUCACGUCAACGGGAUCGGUAGGCUUCAACGACGAUUGUCAGCCCCAUCCCUAAAAGGACAGGAUCACUCACUCUUCAAAGCUCAGGUCGGAGCUGGAGCUGGAGGUACAGCUUCUUCACCACAAGCUAAUGAUGUCGCCGGCGGCAUGUUUUCGGUUGGCAUGACCGCGGACCAACCAGCGAGCACCAAAACCAGACGUCGGAUCGGUGGCCUGCGACGAAGAACAUCAGCACCAUUUCUAAUCCCCGGCACUAAGACAACCGAAGGAGAGGCUCAGGCACUGUCUAGAGCUCGAGCCGGAGGAAGAGCUGGAGCUACGCCUGCUUCGCCUCCUGCUAAACCUGGUAACGGCGGGUUCUUGUUUGCCCCCCCAGCACAGAACACACCAGCCACAGCCGCCGCGUUCACCUUCGGUGAGAACCGUCAAGUCAGCGGGGUCGGUAGGCUUCAACGACGUUUGUCAGCCCCGUCUCUAAAAGGACAGUCUCGGGCACUGCCCGGAGCUCAAGCUGGACCUAGCGAUGAACCUGGAAAAACUGCUUCUUCGCCUCCACCCAUCAACAUCGCCGCCAUUUUCUCGGUUGGCUUGCCCGCGGACAAAUCAGCAAACGACAAACCCAGACGCCGGAUCGGUGCGCUUCGACGACGAACAUCAGCCCCAUCUCUUAUUCCUGGCACUAGGACAAUCGAAGGGGAGGCUCAGCCACUGCCUAAAGCUCAAGCCGGAGCAGGAGCAGGAGCAGGAGCAGGAGCUGGAGCUGGAGCUAGCGGGUUUUCGUUUGGCUCCGCCAAGGGAGAACCACCUGAGAGAAGUUUGUUUGGCUCCCAUGCCGCGUCCAGCGUCGCCAAAGCUGGGAAUACGCAGGGGCUGUUCACAGGUCCUAGUUCUUCCACUGCAGGUAGGGCCAGACGGACCGUGAUUGGCCUCACCAGCAAACAGCCGGUCGAGGACAACCCACAGGCCAAACACGCUGGUGGAUUUUCGUUCAUGGCUCCAUCGGUCGCUGGAGGCACGAUAGGUUUCAGCUCGGGGAGGGAGAACACGCCGCAAGUGUUCCGCGCUUCCUCUGCCUUUGGUCCAUCGUUCGAGAAGGCUUCGUCCCCGCCCACACCCGCAGGAGCGGCCGCGGCACGUGGGUUUGGGAGCAGGAUCAACAGUGUUCUCCGGCGUACCAGUUCUGUCGUCAGCGUUUGGCCUGCUGGAAAGACUGACGGGGCGCCCACGAGCGAAACUUCAUCGUCCGGUACGGAAUGCGUGCUUUUCCACGAGUUGUGUGAGAACAUGGUCACCGACUCGAGGUCUGGGAGCAGGUGUACUUCCGGGCACGCCCUUUGCGCUGAUUGCACCACCCAGUAUGUUGAAAAGACGCUCCUACCCCGAGGUACCGUGUGGUGGGACAGGAUUAGGUGUGUGGAUCCGGAUUGCGACGCGCACAUGGUCGGCCUGAGUGUUCAGCGUUGUCUCGGCAGUGAUCUAAGGAGCCGUAUCGAUGCUGCUCAGCUCGAUGUCGUGCCUAUGAUCGGGCCUGAAGCCAGGCAUGAACGAGAACGUGCGGCACGAACGCCCGAGGAUCGUGCAUCGGCGACGACCGUAGCCACAACUACAAAACCGUGUCCAAACUGCGAAGUGGCAACGGAGAAAAACAAAGGCUGCAAGCACAUGGUUUGUUCAAUGUGCAACCAUGAAUACUGCUGGAUCUGUCGGAGCGAGUGGACACCGGGACACCUCCGUGACACUUGCGUACCCUGUCCGAAGACGUGGCCGAAGGUGACCUGA